AUGGGAUCAGGUGCAUCAAAAGAGAAGAAAAAUGCAAGCCAGGGUAAAGGUGCAGCUACCGCAACAAGCGCUCAGGGUGGAAACGGAAAAGCCCCUGUAAAUACCAACCGAACAUCACUACAGUGCGCCGACCCACUAGCAGAUGGUAGAGCAAUGGUGGCCGUGCUGAAAAUACAGUCUAUAUGGCGUGGGUACAGGUCCAGAGAAAGAUCGAACGAGGCAUCCAAAGCUGCCACGAAAAUUCAAAGAAUGUAUAGAAGGAGACUUUCCAAUCAACAGCUGAGCGAAACAUUAGAAAAGAGACACGAAAAAAGAGAAAAUCGCAGCAGGCAAUGGAAAGAAGAAGGAAAAUUAAAACGUGUCGACUGGACCGAAGAAAUAAAAAUAGGUGAACAAACCGAAGAAGAACUGAAUUCAUUUCAAGAUGAUAUCAUAGAUGUAAAAUGGUUCGCAGAGCAGACUUUAGAGGCAAAUUCCAUUGGCUACAGCGUAGAAAAAGAAAAGGAACUGAAAAAAUGCGGAAAACUGAAGAGAGAAGAUCGAUCCCAGCUUAUUUCACGGACGAUAAGACCGAGGAUUUUGUUAGUGUCUUCCAAUGUUCAGAAAGCUGAACAGUUGAUCAAGCAUGUAGUGAAAAAGGAAAGCCACAUCAUUACUAUAGCCUAUGAUUUUGAAAAGACAUCAUUUCCGAAACUAGCAGAAAAGAUCGAAAAACGACUAAAUGAAUAUAAACAAGGAAGCAAAGCUGAGUCUAUUGCAUUUUACUGCCAGGGAGGUCCCGGCCACGCCUACAUACUAAAGAAAAGGGUGCUCACUCCAGCUAAGUUGCAUAAGCCGGGAGAAGAGGACAUGGAAAAGUUUUUCUCCUCGAUCGGCCCUUUGAUGACUAAAUGCCCGGCAGAGGACGCUGUGGUGUACUUCAUGGGUUUUUGGCUCCAUGGAAAUAAACAAGGAGAAAAGUUAUGUAAGUCUUUAACGGAACUCAUGAAGCCGAAUAUGGUGAGAUUUGAAGCUCCGUUGGAGAUGUCAAGGGAAGGUGCGGAGAUGCUUUCGGCGUAUUUCCAUGUGGACCGUUACAAGCUUUGGAAAUCUCAACAGCACCUAAGUAUGGAGAUAGACUGGAGAAAAGUGGAGCCGGAUGUUAAUAUACAGAACGGGUCGUUGAAAUGACAGUUUAGAGAAACCAUAAGUAGAAGCGAUUGUGACUCUCAUAUACAAAAUAUGUGCAAACGAGUUUAUUGCAGCUGAUGGGCCAGAGUCAUCUGGUGAUUGUGUACAUUGGCAGUGUAUUGGAUAUGAGGUAUUAAUCCCACCGCGUACAUAGUUAUCGGUUGUGUCUAAAACUAUAGAGUCCGGAUAUAUGUCAACACUAAUUGUUAC